GCGCUAGGAGCAGUGUUCUUGUUAGCGGUCGUUCGUGGUGAUUCCCUGGACGUGUGCCUGCAGGAUUUGGGAUGUUUGAAGGGCACCGAAAUGCCAGGAUUCCAGAGCGGCAGCUUCGAGGCCUUCCUCGGCAUACCCUUUGCCCAACCGCCAGUCGGAGAGCUUCGCUUCAAGAAUCCCAAACCGGCUACUGCCUGGAAUGGCGUUAGGGACGCAGGCAUGGCCAUGGAGAGCUGUCUGCAAAGAAAUUAUUUUGUCGACGGCUGGCCGGUGAUGGGGUCGGAGGAUUGCCUCUAUUUGAACGUCUACCGCCCGAAGGAAAAAACCUCUGAUCUCCUGCCCGUUAUGGUCUACAUCCACUCUGGUGGCUUUUUCAGCGGAUCAGCUCAUCCCAUAGCCAGUGGUCCAGAGUACCUAAUGGAUGCUGGAGGCGUUGUUGUGGUUACUAUCGCCUAUCGCCUUGGUCCUUUUGGUUUCCUAAGCACAGGAGAUGAGCAUAUGCCAGGUAAUUUUGGACUAAAGGAUCAGCGCUUGGGACUGCAAUGGGUUCAGCGUCAUAUAAGUAGCUUUGGUGGCAACCCGGAGAUGGUUACUCUGUUCGGGCACAGCGCUGGAGGAGUUUCCACCCACCUACAUAUGCUAAGCCCAGGGUCCCGAGGUCUGUUUCAUCGCGCCAUGACCUUGACAGGCAUGCUGUUUCUUCCGUCCAUAAGUAUUCUGAAGGAUCCACUUCCGCAAACCCAGCAAUUGGCCAAUUUGGCCGGAAUAGCGAAGGACGGAGACCUUAGCAGCAAGGAUCUUGCCGAAGCACUACGCGAUGUGGAUGCCAUGAAGCUUUUAAAGAGUGUCGAUAGCCUGAAGGUGUGGGACACCCUGCCUCAGCUCAACUCCCGGCCAGUCCUAGAGCAGGAAGGCAGUCCGGAUGCCUUCCUGCUGGAGGAUCCACUGGCCACACACUUGUCUGGUAACAUGCACCAGGUGCCUUGGGUAAUAAGCUUCAAUUCGCGGACUGGCGAGGGAUCCAUGACUCUAUUGCACGCCUUUUCUGAUCCAAAACGACUGGAGGAGUUCAACGAGCGCUUUCUGGAACACGUGUCCUUGGCCCUUCAGCUGCCGGAGGGCACUGCCCCGGAGGUGGUACAGGACAUAUUCGAUGCGUAUCAGUUUCAGGGGACAGGUCUGAACAACGACACUCUUCUGGCGCUGACGGAGAUCUGCGGGGACUUUAAUUUUUACUAUCCGAUGUAUGAGACUCUAGUCUCAUAUGCAGGAUAUGCUGAUCUCGAAAAGAAUCCAUUGUCUAUUUAUAUCUUUGACUUUGAAGGAUCCCGUCCCGCUACAGUGUUUGUCAGCGGAACUAGUCUGAACUAUGGAGUGGGAGCAGGACAUAUGGAAGACGGUCUACAUACGAUUCGCAUAAGGGCAGUGGUGGAGGACUACCCGAAGGACUCACUGGAUGCCAAAGUGACCAAAAGAAUGAGUGAAUUGGUGACCCAGUUCGGGAAAACGGGAAUUUUCCACGAGGAUGCCAUCUGCCAGGCAUCGGAUCUCAAGGACAGAAAGAUGUGCAACUAUUUGCUAUUCAGCGGUGGUACCAGUCCAGGCACCUUCGAGGAAUCUGUUCAGAAUAGGCUAGACCUUACAAGAUUUUCGCUAUGGAAAAAGUUGUAUUUAUCCCAUAAAUAGACCCUCUAUAAUGGUGACCCUAUUUAAAGUAAUUCUCAACAGUUAAAUAAAGUAGAACGGAACUCGUAAUCCAACCUGGGGGAGCACUGCCAUUGUGGAGAUAUGGCUUUUGUUCCCUUUUAUGUUAAAGACUGCUCCCCUUUUUGCAAUUGUCUGGCAUUCGAAGGUCAAUUAAAUAUGCAGAAUGGGCGCAGAAUGAGA